AAAGAAAAGCGAGAACAGGCGCGACAUAUUUUGCGACUCCUUUCUUUUCGUCGCGGUGUCUGAGGCGCGACGAUUAGAUAAGGCUACAGUUCAUAGUACGUCCGAGAUGCAGACCUCAUAAGAGACCGGGGUGCUCGAGGCCCAGCCUCAGUUAAAGCUGCGUGUGCAAACCGACAAUUAAAGACGGGACGAGUAGUUUCUCCGCGAUUGUUGUCGGCAUAGCGCCCUAAUUUUCGUGUAUGUUGUGUCACUUCUAUCGCUACAUCCGCUUCCGACGAGAAAAAGAGAUCUUCUAUUCGCGAUCGACUCUCGGGGAGAACGAUCUCGCGCCUCAUCCUUCUCUUCCUUCGCUGAAAUAACCGACAGUUAUUUCCCAAGUCCGAGGUAUGAGUCCUGGGUACAAGGAUUUCUACCGAUCGGCUGGGCCCCGCGAUUCGUAACCCUCUCGGACGGGGUUUCCAAGAGCGAAACACCGAACGGGAAACAAAGAUGCCCGCCUGCUCGAGCGAGAGUUCGUCCAGAUUAUGGUCCUCCAGCCCGCCGAUGUCGCGAAGUAGCAGCGCGUCGCCGUCGCUACCCGGCACACCGUUGUCCACAUCGCCACCCCGAAUGUCGCCCGUGUCCAUGUUGAAGCGCACGACGUCGAACGUGAUCGUGUCGACGUCCAACGCGCCGAUCAAUCUCUCCCGGGCAUCGUCGCUCUCGAGUAUGCCGACGGUGAUCCUGUCCCUGAGACGACAGCAGCAGCAGCAACAUCAGCAAAGGACAUUAGCGGCGGAUAGUCGGAACGUCGAGCGGAGCAGCGACUCCAUACUGUCGAGGAUCAUGUUUUGGUACUUCGGACUUCUGUCGGGGCUACUUCGGGGUGUUUUCAACGUCAUCGGCUACGCGAUCUGGGCGCCUGCCCUCUGGGCGUCCGCCUGGGUCUGCUUGUUCUGGGUGAUUUUACAACUGCCGCUGACCGCUCUCAAGUGGUUCAUCACCGUGCUGCACACCCCGGCGUACGAGAGAUCGCGCAACAAGCGGUGCGUGUUGAUCAGUGGUGGUAGCACGGUACAGGCGGUGCAUCUGGCGCGUAAUUUCUACAAAGCCGGCGCUCGAGUGGUGGUGUGCGAUCUCGAGGGCCUGUUUGGCCUGGCUAGAUUCUCCACUGCCUGCUCCAAGUAUUACACGAUACCGCGGCCCGGGCCCAGAAACGUCGUCGAGUACAUAAAGGCGCUGCGUGAUAUCGUCCAGCGCGAGCGGGUGGCCUAUUAUAUACCGGUGAGCGCCGCCAGCACCGCGUACUACGACGCCCUGGCGAAGCCGCACCUGGAGAUCAUGGGCUGCGAGUGCUUCGUGCCCGAUGCCAGCGAGGUAACCGCGUUGGACGACCCGUUGGAGCUGCUGCGCCGCUGCCGCAUGCUCGGCCUUCCGACUCCGCAGCACUUUCUGCUGCGAUCGAUGCAGGAUCUGUCCGCGCUCUACGAACGGAACGCAUUCCGCACCGGCAGGUACAUGAUGCUAGCCGCUGGUCCCGCGGGGAUGCGCGAUCGCGCCAAGAUCCUAUUACCGCCCACCGUCAGGGAGUUCCGGAAUCAGCAGCACGAGAUCAGCGAGAGGCGACCGUGGGUGGUGACCCGCGAUCCCGGCGGAGAUCACUUCAUCACCUGCACCACCCUCAAGGAUUCACGGAUCGUGGCGAACGUGACCUGCCGAGUGGACGAGGACCAGGGCCUCAUUCCCGAGGAACGCCCGGAGGUCAUGCGGUGGCUCGAGCAGUUCUUCGCCCGUUCCUUCGGCGGCAGGAUCAACGGUCACAUGAGCUUCCGGCUGGCGGUGUCGGAGGAGACGGGCGAGCUGGUCGCCAUCGGCUGCCGCGUGGGCGUGAGUCUACCCUACAUCUGCCACACGGGGAUACAUCCGCGCUUGGUGUGGAAACCCUGUCGACAUUUCUCCAGACAGAACUCGGCGUUGCUCGGCACAUCGAGCCGGCAGUUGCUGCCCGACGCCGUGGCGAGUGCUCUCAAACAAACGGCCAGCGAGACCGCGCCCCAUCUUCUCGGCACGGUGCUGGACAAGAGGGAGUCGCUCUUCGUGUAUUGGGACCCGUUGCCCUACUGCGCCUACUAUCAUCUUCAAUUGCCGUUUCGGCGUGUCGCGGAGGCCAUCAGGACGCAGCACAACCCACCCCUGGGGGUGGUGCAAUAGGACUCUCCCCUAAAGUGAAAGCCUUUCUUGCAUUGAGAUCCCUCUCUGUUCCGCCUACCAUUAUUCGUAGUUGCACUUUAGACACUACGUUUCGCGAGCGCACAACUGAUCCUUAGCCCGUGAUGCAAUCAAGGGGUUGAAGUGCAGCUAGCAACUGGAUCUCAACGUCAGUCGCGUCUCCGAGAAGAAAAUGUGCCAAAGAGGAGAUUCGCGGACGAAUCCCGGACGAGACCGUACUUACUUUUUUUUUCGUGAGUAAUUGUGUAGAGUGUGAUAGAUAUUAUUUAUUGGAGAACAAUGUAUCUUACGCGCGACAUCCGUUUCACACGCGGCUAAUCGGCAAAGAGCUACGUAUUCCCUUGUUACAUUACCUUGCAUCGCAUUGCAACACAUAAGUGAAUAUGAGACUCUAAUAUGAUUCCACGCAUAGAGUGCGUGUGUGAAAGAGAGAGAGAGAAAGGGAGCGCGUAUACGUAUGCGUGUAUUUCAUUCCACUUUUUCUUAUUAAUUAACUAUAAUAUAAACAUAUAGCGGUACUUUGCUCCGACGAGAGGAGAGAAGAGACACGGUAGUUGUGCGUCAAUUCGAGAACUAGGAAGUAAGAACCUGGCAAGGGCACCGUUUCGUGUAUGAGAGAGAAGAGAGAGAGAGAGAGAGAGCGUGCGCGCGUGAGAGUCAAUGGGGGAACCGGCGAUCGCGGAUUUUAACGAAAGUAAACGAGUUAAAAAUAGGCGCAAAGGUCAAGUUCGGCUCAAGUAAUCGGUUUGAAAAAGAAAAAAGAAGAGAAAACAGUAAUGUGGCGGUUCUGCGUCGCGCGCCGUGCGUGUUGCCACUCGAAACUCUGCCUCGAUUGGGGAAACGUAUGGGGGAGGAGCGCGAUUGGACACACGGAUGAAAAAACAUAUGCUCUCCGCGGGUUACGCGCUAUCAAUACUGAUUGUACUAAACGGGAGACUGUUGCGCCGUGCGUGAUUAAUAUAUUCCUAUCUCUCUGUAGACUGACACAGCAACCGUCCGUACAAUAACGGCGGACGAGGGGGAAGAAGGAGACUGAUUCCUCCGGAGAAGCCGGUUAACUCUAAUCUCUCACCUCCUUCGCUAUGUUUUAUCGCGCGGCUGCGAUCGCGAGAAGCAAAGCUAUCUCGUCGGCGAUGCAAUUUGCUCAAGUUGCUGUCGAUCGAGCCGAGGAUGCUCACAUCGACAGGGGGUCACAUCGAUGCGAGGAGAUAAGUAUUUAAAACGACGCUUAUCACCCGUGCAAGUGUGCGAACUAGCGAUAUCCUGGAGAGGACAAUCUUCGAUCUUUCCAUCUAAUUAUAGAAUUAAAAUCGAUAGCAAUAUUUUCGUGUAUGCGUAAUAACAAACGACGUUUGUACAACCGCUGAUAGGACUAUUUAUGAACUAUUGUGCACCCAGACCAAUAGGUUCCGGCGAUGCAAACCUCGUUGUUAACGUUGUGCGAGAGAAAGAGAGAGAGAGAGCGUGCGCGCUCACGAAUAUGAUUGCUUGCUACAUGUUUUGUAAAUACCAGCGCAUAAUCGAUCGAAGUGACUUAACCCUUCCGAUAUCGUUUCUUUCUUUUACAUGAAAGAAGGAAUGAGGUAUUUAUAUUGAUAAGUUCAUAAAACGCGUUUCGAUUUUCUUACAUUACAUCAGAUUUAGCGAUCCUCACAAUUGAAACGUAUCUCAGUACUUCGCAAUAAAACGAAUGAUUAUUUAUUACUUUUUUAUUCUCGGAUAAACUUUUCGAAUAUUCUUCGGGAUCAUACACAUCAAGAUGUAUCCUAAUGAUAUCGAAAGGAUUAACGAAUAAUAGGUCUGUCUGGAUUACUUAAUGUAUUUCAUCGCGUAAGUUUCAAUCAUUUUGAAAGACCAGCUUUGAAGAGAAUUCUUCGAAAUACUCUAAGAAGAUAUAAUCUAUAUUACUCCUCUGUUGAGAGAGAAAGAGAGAGAGGGAGAGAGAGAGAGAGAGAGAGAGAGAGAGAGAGAGAGAGAGAAUAUAAUCAUUGUUAGUCUUUUGUUAAUAAAUGUCCAAAAGAUAUCGAACCAUA